AUGAAGCUUACGGCAAUCGCACUGGUGUGUUUGGCAGCGGCCGUGGUAACACACGCCGAUCCCGAACCACACAAAUACCAUACCUACCCGUACUACCACUACUAUCCUUACUACCAUCAUGUCGAGCCACUAGAGGGCGAUGGAGUGGCCAGGCAUCCAGGUGGCGGCACCUCCUUCGUGGCUCCUCAAGUUCACGGCCUCACUAAACGCUCAGCUGACUCCACACCGGAAGCUGACCCUGAACCAGUAGCUGAAUCGGGCACCACCAAUAGUUAUAGUUACCAGGUAGUCCACCAUGGCCAUCCCCACUAUGGAUACCAUCAUGGAUAUCGCUACCCUUACUCUGGCUACCGCUACAACAAUUUAUAUGGUUAUCCUCACAGAUACCACAGUCACCACAAAAGAUCAGUCGAAUCUGAACCCGAACCUAAACCUCAUUACAGCUAUUACGGACGUCCUCACUACUACAACAGAUAUUACCACGGUUACCCUCACUAUUACCCUUACAACGCCGGCUACCGUUAUAGCUACAGAGGAUAA